AUGUACAAUGCUAAAAUGAACCCACAAUGUUCAAAAUGUAAAGCAGCAAUGAGGAAAUAUAACUACUCCGUCAAAGAGAUAGAACGUAUGCGAAACGACUAUGCAGAUUUAAAGAAAGAAGCAGAGAAACCAGCAGAAGAUAAAAUGGACAUGUUGACAUUUCUAAACAAAAACUAUCCAACAGCUGACGAUUUCCUUCUAUCUGAUGUCAAGAAGAAAUAUAAAGAAACCUUCGGCAUUGUUAAAACUUUUGACAUACUGACAGAAGAAAUAGAAGCUACAAAACUGUUUAGAAUUUCAAAUAUACAUCGUACAAUUCAUGUAAGACGCUUGUGA